AUGAAUAAUAUGAAGUUUAUGUUGUAUUUUGGAUUUUUGGUUUACGUUAUUGGAUCAUUUGUGAAUGCUGAGAAUCUUCCUCUUCCUCUUCAAAAGAAUAAAAUAUGUGAACAUUGUAUUUUAAAAGAAGAACCAAUUGUUGAUACAAAGGUUACAGGAGCUUAUUUAGUAGUAGAAAAGGAAACAACUGUUUCUCAGCCUACAGAAAAACAUAUUAAUCCUUUCAAUACUGUUCCAAGUCCACCAAAAGUUGGAAUUGAAGAUCAUGGUAAUGAAGGAUUUGAUCUUAAAGAGUUAGAUCUUAAAGUUGGUGAAGUUCCACACGUUGUACCCGAGCCAAGGUAUAUCCCAGAUGUGAAAGUAUACGAUUCUCAACUUGAAGAGCUAUCAUUCCCGGAGAAUACUGACUCAGAAAUGCAAUCAGAGACAGAAGAUGAAGAUAGUGAUCAAGAAGAACUUAUUUUAACUCGUAUACAACUUGGAGGAAAUUUGGACUUAGUUUCAAAGAGAAAUGAGAAUGGUCAGAUAGAAAUUCAGAAUAUCGAUAAAUUUGAUAUAUGUUGCACUGAGGUCGGAACAGAGUCUAAGCUAAAGUCCAGAUCUAGGCUUAGAGGAAAGGAAUCUCAAAUUAAGAAAGAAUGUGAUUGCAUUGGUAGUAAUAGUACUAGUUUCUUAACCUAUGAUCUCUUGAAAUUAGAGUCUGUCAAAAAACCCGCUAAUUGCACUGAAGAACCAUCUCCAGCAAAAGAGGAGUUAUACCAGAAUAAUACUAGUCAUGCUAUUAGGAAGCUUAUUGCUAGUUCAGAGUCUGAAAAAUGUGAGUUGUGUACAGAGGAGAGAAGGUGCUUCUAUCAUAAUGGAAAGAAAACCCACAAGCCUAUAGAAGGUUCGCCAUCUACCGCUUCUAGUGAUGUUCCUAACACUUCUUCUACUACUACUACUACUACUACUACUACUACUACCUCUACCACUACUACUACUACUACUACUACUACUACUACUACUACUACUACCACUACUACUACCACCACUACCACUACUACCACCACUACUACUACCACUCCUUUCCCGCCUUCAAUAUCAGAUGAUGAAAGAUCACCAUUUGUGAGUGAUAUGUCCAAUGAUGAAGUUCCAUUACAGGAAAACUUGGGAAAGCCUCAAACUGGUGAUGUUAACGAUGAUAUAGAUAUGCAUACUUUAUUAGAUAAUAUGAACACCUUAGUCAAAAUAGUUAAGGAAGGCAAAGAGGAGCAGGUUAAAACUCAGGUAGAGCUUCGCAAAGAAAGGGAGUUAUUGACUAAGGUUAUUUUAGAUCUUAGGGAUUCCAAAGAUUUAACACAAUUAUAUAUACAGCUAGCUAAGCUUGAGAUGGAGAUUAAUUUGGUGAGACAAAAUAUUGAACAACUUAAUAGAGAAUUGGAGAAAGCUAAGUCAUCUAGCAACUUGCUUACUCAAUAUGAGAACCAAAACAAUGCAGAAUUAGAAACUGCCAAGCAUAGAGUAUCUAGGAAUGGAGUUCCUUCAGCAAAGCUUGUUAAAAUCAUAUCGAGACUUGAAAAGAGAAAAGUUACUACCCAGGGUCUACAGAUAGAUGUUUCUAGAAGGAUUGAAAGUUUAUUACAAAGUAUUUCCAAAAAUGAAGCCCGAAUUUCCGAAUUAUUAGAGCAGAAAUCAAAUAUUGAAGCUAAGAUAGAAAAAGUCUCUAGUGAAGAGAGAUUGUCAUUUGAAAAGUCAAAAGAAAAGCACUAA